AUGGCUGAAUCUGUAUCGCCUCCUCGCUCGCUGCCUGCGUCUCCCGCUGGCCACUCCUCGCGAUCACACUCGCGCCCGUCGCUCUCCAUUGAUCUCUCCAGCAUUCCCCCACUCUCGCAACCAACACCUCCCUCCAACACUCUCCUGAUCACAGAGCUACAUGACCUCAUCCUCUUCCAGCCCUCCUCGCUGGAGGCCAUCCGCAACCAAAUCACGGUCGUGGCCCGCUUGCACUCCUUUUCGCCACUGCCCUCCUUCCGCCGCAUUAUCUGCUCGUUCCACUCCGAUAAGGAUGCCAUCGCUGUCCGCAAGAUGCUCGAGGGCACUCGCCUGUUGAACCGCAACGUGCGCCCGCGCAUCUACUUUGGCGAGCCAACCCCCAUCCUCAGCCAGGAAGAGGCCCAGCGCAAGCAGCUCCUCGAAGCCCCGCAGAUGGACAGGCUCUUCUUCAUCUCCCCACCACCCAGCCCACCCCACGGAUGGCAGAUGCGCAAUGAGGACCCGCCCAACAAGGAGGCGCACGCCAGUGAUCUGGCCCAUGCCUUGGCCAUGCUCAAGACUCACCAGCCCGAGCCGAUGAAUGUGGACCCCGCCACUCCCGUCUCCAUCACAUCCGAUAAGCGCACUGGUAGCUGGCCCCUGGCUGGCUCGCAGCAGCGCAGCCGCAGCAGCACUAUCAUCUACAAUCCAGAGGACCACGGUCACAGCCCCAACCUCCCGGCCGUGAUGGUCGAGGACAUGAGCUUGCCGGUGGACGAGGAUGUUGACAUGGACGUGGAAUUGAGUCCCGUCGAGAUGUCGGUCAACAAGAUGCCCCCCAAGACGGCGCGGCCUCCAGUGGAAUUGAUGCAUUAG